CCACCAAAACAACGGCGAGAAGGACGGGGAUUGUGUCGUACGAGACGUUUAUGUUGUAGUCAGUUCUGUGCAUAUUUUAAGAUUUUUUCGUGGUUGUUGAUUUUAUUUUUAGUUUAACUUAUGGAUUCUCGAAAACAAAUAUCGUUUUUGGUUUUUGAGUAAAUGAACACUUUUAUUACAUAAACAGGUUAGCUUGCUGACAACAUAGCUAAAGCAUUUCGCAGCUAAGCUAGCUAGCGAGCGUCAUCUUACAUGUGCAGUUACUAAUCAAGGGACGGCGGGUGAGUUCAGCUGAGCUAAACUUUAUGUUCAGGUUCAUUUUAAACAGUCUGCGUGGUGUGUGUGUGUAUUUGGGGGUUUUUAGUCCGGGAGGAGCUGCUAUUUAAAAGUCCCUACAGAAGAAAUAAAAGAUUGCAAACGGAGCUAAACUUACAUUUGAAGGAAGGACGUCUACAAUUAUGGCAUCAUUGGGGACAAGCAGUUCCUCCUCAACAGAGUAUAUUGUCAGAGUUCCCAAAAAUACCUGUAAGAGAUACAACAUCAUGGCUUUUAAUGCUGGUGACAAAGUCAAUUGCUCCACAUGGUCUCAGGCGCGCAUGGAGCGAGACCUGAGCAACCGUCGGAUGUACGGGGAGGAGGAGACCCCGGAGGGUGCUGCUGGCAGUGAGUUUGGCAAGAAGCAGCGGGAGGAGGCACGCAGGAAAAAGUUUGGCAUCAUUACCCGUGAGUUCAAGGUCGAGGACCAGCCUUGGAUCCUAAAAGUGAAUGGCAAGGCAGGAAGAAGGUUUAAGGGCCAAAAGAAGGGAGGCGUGACAGAGAAUGCCUCCUACUACAUCUUCACACAGUGCGCCGAUGGGGCCUUCGAGGCAUUCCCCGUGCAUGGCUGGUACAACUUCACCCCGCUGGCCAAGCACCGCACCCUUACAGCCGAGGAGGCUGAGGAAGAGUGGGGCAGGAGGAACAAAGUGGUGAACCACUUCAGCAUCAUGUUGCAGCGGCGGUUGAGGGAGCAGGAGCAUGGCGAGGACGAGGAGGAGGAGGGUGAGAAGGGAGGCAAGAAGAAGAAGAAAAAGAAAGGAGGAGGCAGAGGGGGCGACCUGCGCAUCCACGACUUGGAUGACGAUCUGGAGAUGAGCAGUGACGAGAGUGAAAGCAGCGCAGGGGAGGAUGGGGAGGGGAAAUCAAAGAGUAAGAAGGAGAGCAGCACCAAAGGGAAAGGUAAAAAGAAGAAAAAGAGGAAGGGAAGUGAGCAGGAGGGUGUGGAGGACAGUGACGAUGGUGACUUCGAGGGUCUGGAAGUGGACUAUAUGUCUGACGAGAGCAGUUCUGAGGAGGAGGAACCAGAGAAGGCCAAGCCCAACAAAGGAGAUGACGUCCCUAAAGGCAUCGACGAGGCGUCGGAGAGUGAGGAAGAAAGCGAGGAAGAAAACAAGAAUGAGGAAGAUGGCAAAGAGGAGGAGGAAGAUGAUGAUGGGAAGAAGACACCUGUACAGAUGGAAAAAAAAAAAAAGAAAGAUAGCAGUGGAGAGUCUGAGAGCUCUGACGACAGCGACAUUGAAGGAGAGACAGCCUCUGCACUUUUCAUGGCAAAGAAGCGCACCCCUCCUAAGCGAGGCGGCCGAGGCUCUGGCGGGAGUUCCAGGGCAGGCAGCCGCCCCGGAACGCCCUCCAUCGACAACGCCGCCACAUCCAACACCUUGCGCGCUGCUGCCAGCAAACUGGAGCAAGGCAAGCGCCAGGCUGCUGCAUCCAGCUCAGAGGCUCCAGCUGCAAAGAGGUUGAAGAUGGAGCCGAGUUCUCAGAGCCCCUCGGGGAAGAGCACGCCCCAGCCAGCGUCAGGCAAAUCCACACCCAGUUCCAGCGACGUGCAGCUUACUGAAGAGGCUGUGAAGCGCUACCUGAUCCGGAAGCCUAUGACCACCAAGGAUCUGCUGAAGAAAUUCCAGACCAAGCGCACAGGCCUGAGCAGCGAACAGACAGUCAACGUGCUCGCCCAGAUCCUCAAAAAGCUCAACCCAGAGAGGAAGAACAUCAAUGACAAGAUGCACUUCUACCUCACAGAGUGAAGCAGCCCAGGGAUACGGAUCCUUGUGCUCAUGCUCAGGGGAGCCUGCCUCAUUCCUGGGUCCUUUCUUUCAUGAGCACUUGUUUGUCUCAUAAGUGGUGUGGACACAUAGCAUCUUUUUUUAUUUGGUGUCUGAAGAGUCCUAAGAAAGGACACGUACUGGAGAGGGGGAAAGGGAAGAUCAGUGCUUCUUAAACAUACUCCUGGAGACCCUCUGUAGUACACCUUUUUGUUUGUUUUCCCAUCAUUCAGUACAACUCAGUGCUUUAUAAUAAGCUGACAUGGUGUUUGUGUGAGAGUAGGAAAGAUACCAUAAUAUGUAGAAUAAGGGAUGUGUAGGAACAGGAUCAGGAACCACUGAAACAGCCUGAACAUGUAAAGAAUGUAUUUCAAAAAAGUAAAAUGUGGAUCUUGCUGAAGAGUGAGUUAAACCUGAGCGUAACCAAAUGCAUGAUCCGUUUACACAGGCCUAGGAAUAAGGGGUGACGACCUGAGAGAUGGGAUUAAAGCAGAAGUAUUUGUAUUGUAUUUUGGUUCAAAUUGUCACAGUUUUCACUUGUUCACAACUGGUAAUAAAAUGUUCAUUAUUUAUGA